AUGUUAAAAAAUUUUAUUCAAAAAGGUAAACUUAUAAAUUCAAUUUCAUCUUCAUCAUCAUUUCAAUCAUCAACAUUUUUAAAUAAUAAUGGAUUUAAUAGUGGUGCAUGGGUUGGUAGUAGAUUCUUUUCACUUGAACAAUUAAAGAAAAAAACAAAAAAUCAAAAAUUAAUUAAUUGGGUAGAAGAACAAGCCAAAUUAUGUAAACCAGAUAACAUUUAUAUUUGUGAUGGUAGUGAAGAAGAAUUUAAAAAAUUUACAGAUGAUAUGGUUAAAAGCGGUACAUUAAUUAAAUUAAAUUCAAAAAGACCAAAUAGUUUUUUAGCAAGAUCAGAUCCAUCAGAUGUUGCAAGAGUUGAAAGUAGAACAUACAUUUGUGCAAAGACCAAAGAAGAUGCAGGACCAACAAAUAAUUGGAUGGACCCAAAUCAAAUGAAACAAACUUUGAAACCAUUAUUUAAUGGUUCAAUGAAAGGUAGAACCAUGUAUGUUAUGCCAUUUUCAAUGGGACCAUUGGGAAGUGAUAUUAGUCAUAUCGGUGUACAAGUUACCGAUUCUCCAUUCGUUGUGUGUAAUAUGAAAAUAAUGACACGUAUGGGUGAUAAAGUUUUAAAUCAAAUUAAAGAGAAUGAUGAUUUCGUACCUUGUUUACAUAGUGUUGGUGCACCAUUGGCAAAAGGUCAAAAAGAUUCCCAUUGGCCAUGUAAUCCAAAUAAAUACAUUGUACACUAUCCAGAGGAGAGAUCAAUUCAAUCAUUUGGUAGUGGUUAUGGUGGUAAUGCAUUAUUGGGUAAGAAAUGUUUCUCACUUCGUAUCGCUUCAUCAAUGGCAAAGGAGGGUGGUUGGUUAGCUGAACAUAUGCUCAUUCUUUCAUUGACCAAUGACAAGGGUGAAAAGAAAUAUAUUGCAGCUGCAUUCCCAUCGGCAUGUGGUAAAACUAAUCUCGCCAUGGCAAAUUCAGUUCUCCCAGGUUAUAAAGUUCAAGUUUGUGGUGACGAUAUCGCUUGGAUGACCAUGAGAAAUGGUCAACUCUAUGCAAUCAAUCCAGAGUUUGGUUUCUUUGGUGUUGCACCAGGUACUUCUGCCUCUUCAAAUCCAAAUGCUUUGGCUGCAAUCUCAAAGAAUACACUAUUCACCAACGUUGCCUUAACACCAGAUAAUGAUGUAUGGUGGGAAGGAUUAAGUUCACCACCACCAACUGCAAUCGAUUGGUUAGGUAAUGAAUGGCAUCCAAAUGGUGAAGGUAACAAUACAUUUGCCGCUCAUCCAAAUUCACGUUUCACUGCACCACUCUCCCAAUGUCCAUCCAUUGAUCCAGAAUGGAAUAAUCCAACCGGUGUACCAAUCUCUGCAGUCAUUUUCGGUGGUAGACGUUCAUCCACCGUUCCAUUGGUUUAUCAAGCAUUAAAUUGGAAACACGGUGUUUUCAUGGGUGCUAGCACUGCAUCAGAAUUAACUGCCGCUGCCGAAGGUACCGUUGGUACACUUAGACAUGAUCCAUUCGCUAUGUUACCAUUCUGUGGUUAUAAUAUGGGUGAUUACUUUGCUCAUUGGUUAUCAAUGGAACAAAAAGCCGGUUCAAAUGCUGAUAAACUUCCAAAGAUCUUUUAUGUCAAUUGGUUUAGAAAGAACAAGACCUCUGGUAAAUUCUUAUGGCCAGGUUUUGGUGAAAAUGUUAGAGUCUUAAAAUGGAUCUUUGAUCGUUGUAACUCUACUCUCGAUACAACCGAUGGUAAAGCAACUCAAACUCCAAUCGGUUUCGUACCUUCAAAUAAUUCAAUUGAUCUCAAUGGUUUGGAAAUUAAUAAAUCUUCACUCAAAGAAUUAUUUAGUUUAAAUAAAUCUGAAUGGUUACAUGAUCUUAAAAGUAUGAGACAAUUUUGUCAACAAUUUGGUGAUAGAUUACCAAAUGAAAUUAAAAAUCAAAUGGAUCAAUUAGAAAAUAGAUUAAAUAAAGAUUAA